CUGUUCCAAUUUUUUUGUUGACGUUGUACAUACGCGUAAAUUACAUUACUACUAGAUUAAAUAGUUAAACUUUAGCAUAAGACUUGUAAGGAAAAAGAGAAAUAGCACUAUGUCGGCGGUGGCCUAUGAGCUGCUGUCCACAACAGCGGUGAUCAGCACCGUAUUUCAGUUUCUGUCCGGCGCCAUGAUAUGCCGCAAGUACAUACAGAAGAAGAGCACUGGCGACUCUUCCGGAGUUCCGUUCAUAUGCGGCUUCUUAUCCUGCAGCUUCUGGCUGCGCUACGGCGUGCUAACCGAAGAGCAGAGCAUUGUUUUGGUCAAUGUAAUUGGGUCAACGCUCUUUCUGAUCUACACGCUGAUCUACUAUGUAUUCACCAUCAACAAACGUGCCUUUGUCAAGCAAUUUGCCUUCGUUCUUGCCGUCCUGAUUGGAGUCAUAAUAUACACCAAUCGGCUGGAAGACCAGCGUAAUCAAAUGAUUCAUAUUACAGGAAUAUUCUGUUGUAUUGUCACCGUGUGCUUCUUUGCCGCCCCCCUAGCCAGUCUGCUGCACGUGAUUAGGGCGAAAAACUCCGAGAGCCUACCACUGCCCCUCAUAGCCACAUCCUUCUUGGUCAGCCUCCAGUGGUUAAUCUACGGCAUUCUAAUAUCCGAUUCGUUUAUCCAGAUACCCAACUUUCUGGGCUGCCUCUUGUCCAUGAUGCAGUUGAGUCUGUUCGUGGUGUACCCUCCACGCAGCUACUCGGGACAGGGAUAUAAAUUAGUCGAGCAGGCUGUGCCAUUUUAGAGACUAAGUAGAUGCGGGUUAUAUGUAUAUUUUAAUAUACGGAGUGUGUGGCGGACGGAUAUGCUGCUUGCUUAAUUACUACAGACCUACGUAAUAGUGAUUGUAUAUUUUAAAGUAUUUAUUAAAUUAUUUGUCUCAAAAGUGUGUAAUGUACUUACAUCACUAUGCUGAUAUGGGGCGCUCAGCGGAAUUCAUCCUGUAUAUUAUGUCCUUGCUUAAACAAUAAAACGCUGUAAUGUUUUCGAAA